AUGAAAUUUCGCAAAUCCUCCGCGUCCAGCCCCAAGAUGGAAUUGCUGUCGAGGCGGUCAUCGGGCGACAACAGGAUUUCGACCUUGAAACGGUCGAGGUCCUUCCGUGCGUCGUUGAAGCUGAUGUCGAAGCUUCGUGUGCAUGCGAAUCUCCGUCUGAACGGUGGCUUCGAUUUAUCACCCAUAAAGAAACACGACGAACAACCUCGUGAACGGGUGAACAAACUAUCCCUGAUCGAGGAGUCCUCGACUUCUUUGAACAAUACCGAUGACAAACUCGAGAAUCCACCGAGAAUCGACGACAAGAAUCUUCACGAUCCACUGACCGGACAAUCUGACGACGUCGAGUCCCAAAGGAUCACCAAAGACCUAAAAAGCAAAUUGUGCCUGACGGACAGGAUAAUGAGGAAGAGCCGUAAGGACCCAGAAAAAGCCUCGAAAAAGCCGAAUAAUCCGAUAUCGCCUAGGAUGGCUCAUAUCUUCCGUUGGAAGAGUUGCGAGGAGAGCACCGGAAAUUUCGAAUCCUCGAACGACAAAAAGGUCGAAAAGGAUGAUUUUCGUCCUGAACGUGCCUCCUACGAGAAUCCCACGUUCUGUUUGGACAGUUCUCUGGACUCUUCUGUAUCGAGUUUUUUGUUCGAACCAGAAACAUUGGAUCGAUACAACGAGACAAGUGAGUGCAAGGACGAUUCUUCUGAGAAAGCCUGUUUUCAGGACGCUGGAUUGACACUGGUGAUCGAUUCUCGAGGUACCAGCGGACGUAGAUGCGUUCAAGGAGAGGUGAACGGUAACGUGGAGAGUUUCCUCCAGUGUAGUAAACACUGUGCUCGUCCUUUGAUAGCCGGUACCAAAGCCAGAAGCCUGUCUGUGAACGAUGUGGUCCUGCAAGAUGACGAGGGACCGGUCAGUUUGGACUUGAACGCUUAUCCUUUCGAGUCUCUGUCCCGUCACGGACAGGAUCUCGUCGCUAAGGGCAGGAAAUCGCCGGAAAUAAUCAGGAAAACUUCCGUUUGCACGUCCAAGUCCUGCAGGAUCAGGACCGUGGAUAAUAUCGCGAGUUUCUGGUCGAACGCUCGAGGUGGAAGCUUUCGGAGCAAGGUCACCGUGGGCCGGAAGAAGUCGACAAAGGACCCGAGGGACCACCACGAGUCCAUCGGUCAGGAUAGGAUCCUGGUUACGACCACUUCGGGAACAAAGCUGUACUCGUUGCAAGGGAUGGAGUUCCUGGAGGGUUUCGGGAAGAAAAAGCAACAACCAAAUCAUGCGAAUAUCGUAUCGUCGGUGCAUAUCAACCCCCUAUCAGCACAGUCCCUCAACAUCCACCUGCAUGCUCUUUUCGCUGCUGUGGAACAUGGCCACCUGGACAAAGCCAGAACGAUUUUGGAGUCGACAGACGUGGACGUGAACAGCGUGAACAGCGACGGUCUCUCGGCCCUGGACGUCGCGGUGCUCAGUAACAAUAGGCCCCUGGCGAAAAUGCUGGUCUCGUUCGGCGCGCAGGAGGGCAACCAAUUCAAGUCUCCGGAAUCGCUGGGCAGUCACCUGGCCUCGUUGCUGUCGGAGGCGGAGCACAGGGUCCAAGAACUCGGCGGCAGUACUUCCGGUAGCAGCGGGACCACCCUUUUAGAGCCACCGAGCAGCCAUAGGUCGAGUUUUUCGUCCCAGCACAACAAUCUCACGGGAUGUGGCGGUAGCACCGAGGACAAGCAACUGGCUCUCUGGGAGAGGAGGGCGAGAGCACUUAGAAAGAUGUUGCUUGGAUUCGAUCAAGCGAGACCGCCUGAUAUGCCAUUCCUGGUCGCCGUCGACGUUACUGGGACGAAUUCUGUAACGAUGAGGUUCCAGGAACCGGAUUCCCACGACUCGCCCAUCUGCACGAAGUUCAAGGUGCAGUGGAGCAUCGACGAAGACUUCUCUGUGAUCUGCGGCGAAAGGGAUGUUCUGGAUAUGAAGCAGAGGGAGUGCAGAAUGGACGAUCUGAUUCAGGGACAGAAGUACUAUUUCCGUGCGGCUGCUGGGAAUCUGAAGGGCUACAGCAGGUUUCGGAACUCGACGCCUGCACACGUCACGCCUAGCAGUUGGAGGGAUAUCGAUGGCAGGGUGCCAAGGUUCGCCGGCCGGUUGGAGCAAUUGAACACUCUGUUCACGGACAUCAGACGACCGGAGUACACGCAGGAAACACCGGCUGUACAGAGGCGAAAUCACAAGAAGAAAACAACGAUCAAGCAACUGUUCACGGCGACCAGUAAGUUUCAGAAGAACCUGAGACGCGGGGUUUUUCUUGCCUGUUUGCUUUACCACGAGGACAAGGUACUGGUGACCAAUGAGGAUUUCCUGCCAGUGAUCGAAAUCGACGAGACUUACCCUAGUUGCAUUUACAACGACUUUCAUUGGCUGAUGAAAGUGGCCUGCACUUGGGACGACGUUAAGACCCUUCGCCAGGACAUGGAGAAGAGCCACAGCAGCUCGACGAAUCACUUCAGGAUAAAGCUGCUGCAAGCUGCUGCGCAAAUGCAGGCAGCACUUUGCAUACAAGACCUCGGACAACUGUACCAUAAACCCAUCAGAGACAUCCAAGGAACCCUGGUGUUUUCGACAGUGAACUAUAUCAAGUCCCCGAAGCUUAUCUCGGUAUUAAACAGUAGGUGGUUGCCUCUGAGUAAAGUCACGAAGAAAGUGAUAACUCACGAGGAUAGUAACGUGGCGGAUAUCCUGAUAUCCAGUAUACAGGAACAGAUGACUUACCACCAGGUCAGCAGUAUUAAACUGUCCAAAGGACUGUAUCUGGGGUACCUGAAGAUGCAGAGUAGCGUGGAUCUUAUACAGGUCGUUGUGCCCGCAAAGUCACCGAAUGUUCUGCCUCACUGUAAGAUCCGCGACAAUCCUCAUGUGUCCGCCGAAGAGUGGGAUUAUCUGAAAAGGAUAACGCGCAUUCAGGCGUCAGAUGUUUCGGUGAAAGAGAUAGAUGUCGAGGAAAAGGAGAAUGUAACGAAUGAAUCGCAGGGUACCGAGCAACAAAAGUUGUUCGUUGACCUUGUUGCUGCAACCGUCAGACGACUAUUCAAUUAUAUGGAGAUCAGCCCCGAGGACUCUUUAUGCCAUCGACUGUACGACGCCGAAGUCAUUGAUCUGACUCACGAUGUGUCUUUCCUCAUUGCCGUACCUCCAGCGGAGACCGCUUGUUGUGUGCCAGGAACCAGAGAGAUUCUUUUGCAAAGGGGCGAUUUGUUGUCAUUACCGAUUCAAGUGUUCGAGAUGGUCCAUUUGAAUACGUACCAGAAAGACGUAAUCAACAGAUACUCAAGAUUAAGCUGUAUCCUGGAAUUGGAUACAGCGCAGGCUCAACAUAAUCACAGAGAAGCCUUCAGUUCCCUGGAGUUGAGCGUGGCGAAGGACAAGUUGGUCAGGCUUCAGGAUCUUCAGACGCAGGUGAACACGGUCUGGAAGGGGGCCAGAUGGCUGAUAGACGUGAUCACAUUCGCGAGGGAUCGAGGAUCAUCACAGCAAAGUGUAGCGUCGCAGACAGUUGGAAUUUCAAUGAAGCACUUGCUCAGUCUAGAUAGGAACAGAAGUAACAGUAAUAGUAACAGCCUGAAGAGAAGCUUGCUGCAGUUACCGCCGCGGGAUCCGAAGCUCGUCAAGUCCAGUCCAGGUCGAGGCAGCUGGCCGGGACCUAACAUAACCAACUCGUCCUCGAAUCUUCUGACGACGGAAUUCAGCAAAAGCGAGCAACAGCUGCCCAGCGGUCAGUACAUUCGCAAAGGGAGUAACACGUCUAACAUUUCGACCGGUUCGGAGCCUCCGAAGUCCUCGGUGCCGAUGAGCAGCACCAGCAAUCUCAGCAACACGACCAGCGCUGGCAGCAACAACCAUCUGGUACCGUUGCAAAACGCGAGGCUACCGCCCUCCAAGUCCGAGGACACUCUAAUCCUGACGAAAUAUAAACACAGCCCCAGGAAUAGGUCAGCAACGAUCACGUCCGCGUCGGCCAGUACCAGCCCGUUGCUGAGCAUCAAGCCGAUCAUCUACGGCGGUUCAAUGUUGAGCGUGUCCACAGCGAUGACGAACACAACCAGCCUGCUCAGCGUCGGUAACACCAAUUCAGACAGUUUACACUCGUUGAGCAGCGACGAGUACUCGACACCGAACUCGAGUGUCUGCAUAAAAGGACACGUGAAAGGGAAACCGGCCAAACCCACCGCCAGUGUUGCAGCGAUGGCGACCGGCUCAUUGGAAAGUCAAUUGGAGGAGGAAAAGGACGAGGCGACGAUGAUGCCAGCACCUCUGCCUGGCAUUCUUCAGGUUUACGCAGCCUACGAAACCGGUCUGGCAUCCGGAACCAGCCUGAAAUUACACGUGACACCUAGGACCACGGCCAGGGAGGUGGUGAACCUGGUCGUGAAACAGUUAAAUAUGGCGGUGGUGCUGAAGGGCCAAGAGGGUCCCAUUUACACGUCCGACGAGUUGCCGAACUUCUGCCUGGUGGCUGUGAUCGGCGCCCGGGAACGUUGUCUCAGGGACGAUUUUCGGCUUCUUCAGCUUCAAAACCCGUGGAAAAAGGGCAGACUGUACGUGAGACAGAAACAGGACGUGCUCGCGGCCCUCGAGCACAGCAGCAAACACACCGCGUAUUUAUAGCAUAACUAGGGAGAACAAAAGGAACAAGAUAAUUUUGCGUAGACACGAUCUCGAGGAAGAGACGAGAGAACAACCCCACGUAAGAAAUUCUCCAUCUUGUUAAUAAUUGGCGAUAGAAGCCAAAGAUCAUAUUAGCUUAACGCGUUCUGUGAACGAACCGCAGGUCACAGUCCGUUGAAUAUACUUUUUCAUUUCUCUUCGAUCGUUAUUUUCAUGUCAGACGAACGGUAUAGAUCUACUACCAUC